AGUUUUAUUUUGUUGUAUUUAUCCGCGACACCUUAAAGGCCGGUCCGUGAAAAUAUUGUCGGGCACAAACCGGUCCGUGGCGCAAAAAAGGUUCGAGACCGCUGGUCUAGAUGAAAUUUUAACUGAGCAACAGAAUGUGGAAGAAAGGUGAUUUAUGUGACUUUGAAUGUGACUUGGUUGUUGGAGGUUCUGAAUAUUUCAGAAACUGGUGGUCUGGUGGGAUUUUUCCAUGUGCCGUCUUCAGGGUUUACAGAGACUGACCUGAAAAAGAGAAAAUAUCCAGCAGCAGUUCUCUGGGCGAUGUCACAGGUCAGGGUAAUGUCCAUCCUGCUUUGAGCUGAGGGGAAAGCAACAGUAUGCAGAACAGCAUCUUUGAAUCAGCAAAACAUGUAACUUUGAAUCAAAAAGUUACACCGGGUACCACUCCUGUCAGGAAAACCAGGAAACUGGGGCUACAAUUCAAAAGGGCUCGUCAAAUUUGUACAAUAGAAAAUUGGAAAAAUGUUGCCUGAUCUGAUGAGUCUCGAUAUGUGCUGUAAUAUUCAAAUGACAGGAUUAGAAUUUGGUGUGAACAACAUGAAAGCAUGGAUCCAUCUUGUCUUGUUUCAAAGGUUCGGGGUAGUGGAUGUGGGGCUGGUGGUGUAAGAGUGUGGGGAAUAUUUUGUUGGCAAAAUUCGUCCCUCCUAGGACUAAGUGAGCAUCAUAGAAAUGCCACAGCCUGUCUGCGUGUUGUUGCUGACCCUGGUCUCUUUAUGCUGACGCUAAUCCCUUUAUGACUACAAUGUUUUCAUCUUCUCAUGGCUGCUUCCACAAGGAUAAUGCUCCAUGUCACAAAGUUCAGAUCAUCUUAAACUGGUUUCUUGAACAUGACAAGGAGUUCAUUCUACUCAAAUGGUCUCCAGAGUCACCAAAUCUCAAUCCAUCCUUAGAACUUGAUGAAACAAGAGAUUUGCAUGAUGAUGUGCAGCCAAUUAAUCUGCAGCAAUCAUGCUAUUACUGUAUGUCAAUCUUAGAAGUAGUGUCAUUAUUAAAAUGAAAGAUAUUAGCUCAGACAUGGGAAAUCAGAUAUAUUAUAUACCCCUUUUAAGUGGCAGAAAACCACGCAGGGUGAAGGACAAAGCCAAAGUACAUAUAAUAACAUACUGUGAGCGGGAUUUUACAUUAGUUUGUACAAUUGGCCUUGACAUUUUAAAUAAAAGUUUCAGCCCUACCCUUUCCUUUAUACUAUUAAAGGACUGAGUAAUAUGUGGAAGUAGAAUACAAAAGUUCAUUUUCUUUGUGUCCAUUUUCACGCUUGUUACUGUGGCCAAGGAGCAACGUGACAGCAAAUAUAUGCAGGGGUCAUGUGAGAUGGCCUCAUGAAGAGGCUGUCAAAUAAAGACAGGAAAAUGUUUUUCUCUCCUACUUAAGAGCUGGCAGCAAAUAUAAAGGGACACUGUCAGAACAUGAAUGUGGUGCAGGAGAUGCCAGCGUAUUCAUCAAUGCCAGGCUUUAUGUGUGGGAGGGUUUUUGAUGUGCACGGCUCACGCUGCAGCGGUCUUCUGUGGACUGUGAAAGCCAGGAGCUUUGCCCAGCUGGGACUGAGUGAUGGUGGAUGCAAGCUGUCUUUCCUGCCUCCUACAUUGGAAUAUUCUUCUAGGACUAGGGGAGAAAUGACUGGAGCAUGGAAAGUACAGCAGCCCAAGAGUUGUGACUCUGCUCUGAUAAAUGUCAGCCUGCUCUGAUAUUUGUAUGGGUCUAUCGCCACAGCCAAAGAUCUUCCCUGGCAGACUGAACAAACGAGUUGACUCCAACAGAGCUACGCCUCUCUUCAGUCUACUUGUGGUCUGACGGCACUCACCAACAUCAAAGCUCUCUGUUCCUUUUGCCGUUUCAUCCCUCUGCUUCUGUUUUGAGAGAGGGAUGUCUCUUUUCUAACAGCUCUCAGCCUGCUUAUCUACUAGAUCUGUAAAACCGCGACCGACACUGAACAUGGAGGAUUAUGAUGUUCGCUCAGCCGCCAGCAUCCUGGCCUCAGUGAAAGAGCAGGAGGCACGUUUCGAGCAGCUGACCCGCGCCCUUGAGGAGGAGCGUCGCAACGUCAACCUACAGCUAGAGCGUGCCAAUCUGCCUCCCAACCCCCCCACCAGCCAACCACUACCAUGGCAGCAAGUGGUGAUGCAGGAGCAGAGCCCCAGUAACGCCACAUCCCUGGCCAUGAUGCAAGAGCCGCAGGAGGUGGUGGAGGAGACGGUCACCAUUGAAGAAGACCCCGGCACCCCCACCUCCCACGUCUCAGUGGUCACCUCUGAUGAUGGAACCACACGGCGCACAGAAACCAAGGGUAUAUCAGCUAACGUGAAGGUGACUAAGAUGGUGAAGACGGUGACCACUCGGACAGUGCGUCAGGUGCCCCUCGGCCCCGAUGGCUUGCCGCUGCCUGAAGGCACGUCCCCGCUGGGCAGCUACACCGAUUCCAUUGACCGGCGAUACCUGAAGAAUGGAAGUGACCGCUUCAUAACGCCUCAAGCAACCUCAACCCUGACGCGCUCCUACAACAACUCCUACAACGAUUCAUACGGAGAGACACCGGAGAGCCAGUACAUUCGCCAUUAUGGUCUUCACGAUGGCUACACCGAUUUGACGGAUAACUACGGCAGUCUUUCUCGUGGUGUCAACUACCGGCCGCCGCGGUACCCAUACAUGCCUAAUAGCUACCGGCCGGAGAAUAGCUACACCCUGCCUAUCAGAAAGGAUGAUUAUGGCCAUGUGGCGCAGCCCCAGGUGCCUAUGGGCAGCAGCACUGUGGAUCUGAACCGCUCACAACCAGAACGCUUCCAGCCUGAGCCGUAUGGUCUGGAGGAUGAUCGCCGCAGCUUGGGCCCCGAAGAAGAAGAGCCAUAUGAGCUGGAGCCUGAUUACUCCACUGCCAACCGACGCACCCUGCCAGGGGCCAACCGUGGGCGCACCCACCGGGAACCGCUGCGUGAUGGCCCCCGAGUCAGAGGGUACCCAGAUGACCCCAUUGAGGCUGAGCUGAUCGAUGAGCGCCACCCUUACAUCCAUGGGAUGUAUUCAGCACCACUGGCUCAGCCAGAGAGGGGUAGCAUGGCCAGUCUGGACCGCAUGGGUGGUCGUCGCUCACCUUCCAUCGACAGCAUCCGCAAGGACCCACGCUGGCGUGACCCAGAUCUCCCUGAGGUCAUUGCCAUGCUAGGCCACCCGAUCGACCCAGUCAAGUCCAACGCCGCUGCCUACCUGCAACACUUGUGCUACGAAAAUGACAAGAUUAAGAAAGAUGUGCGUCAGCUGAAGGGAAUUCCAGUUCUGGUGGGUCUUCUGGAUCACCCCAAGUCUGAAGUCCAUCGUAAGGCUUGUGGUGCCCUGCGCAACAUCUCCUAUGGCAAGGACAAUGACAACAAGGUGGCCAUCAAGAACUGUGAUGGCAUCCCGGCCCUUAUCCGCCUUCUGAGGAAGACCAACGACAUGGAAGUACGAGAACUCAUCACAGGAACCUUGUGGAAUCUGUCAUCCUAUGAACCCCUGAAGAUGGUGAUCAUCAACCACGGCCUGCAAACCCUGACCAACGAGGUGAUAAUCCCCCACUCGGGUUGGGAGCAUGAGCCCAAUGAGGACUCAAAGCCGCGUGAUGCAGAGUGGACCACCGUGUUCAAGAACACCUCCGGCUGUCUCAGAAAUGUGAGCUCAGACGGGGCAGAGGCUCGGCGCAGACUGAGGGAAUGUGAGGGAUUGGUGGACGCUUUGCUGCACGCUCUUCAGUCAGCUGUAGGGAAGAAGGACAUGGACAACAAGUCUGUGGAGAAUUGUGUUUGUAUUAUGAGGAAUCUGUCCUAUCACGUACACAAAGAGGUGCCGGGGGCCGAAAAGUACCAGGACCCGUCGGCGCUACAAGCCCCAGGUUCAGCGGGACCACAAAGGAAGAAGAAAGACGAUGCUGGCUGCUUCGGAGGCAAGAAGGCCAAAGAGGAAUGGUUUAAUCAAGGCAGAAAAAACGGUGAGAAUGACAAAAGCUACGACACAUUGGAUCUGCCUAAGCGCACAGAGCCAUCAAAAGGCUUUGAGCUGCUGUAUCAGCCAGAGGUGGUGAGGCUCUACCUCUCUCUGCUGACGGAGAGCCAGAACUAUAACACCCUAGAGGCAGCUGCUGGGGCUCUGCAAAACCUCAGCGCUGGACAGUGGACUUGGUCCAGCUACAUCCGAGCCACAGUGCGGAAGGAGAAAGGUCUUCCCAUCCUGGUGGAGCUGCUGCGCUCUGACUCUGACAAGGUGGUCCGAGCUGUGGCCAUCGCUCUGCGCAACCUGUCCAUUGACCGCCGCAACAAGGAUCUAAUCGGAAGUUAUGCCAUGCGGGACUUGGUGAGCAACCUGCCCAGCGGUCAGCAGCGACCAGCCAAGAACCUGGAGGAGGACACUGUGGUGGCCAUCCUCAAUACCAUUCACGAGAUCGUCACCGACAGCUCUGAAAACGCACGCUCCCUCAUCCAGGCCCAGGCCAUCGAGAAACUGGUCGCCAUCAAUAGGACCAGCCAAUCAGCACGUGAAACAAAGGCAGCGUCCCAUGUGCUGCAGACAGUGUGGAGUUAUAAGGAGCUGAGGAACGCGUUGGCCAAGGACGGGUGGAACAAAAGCCACUUCCAGCUCACUGUGACGGCCACUCCUAAAGCAACCAAGAACGGCAAGCCGGGCUACGAUGACACCACUCUGCCGCUGAUGGAGAAGAACCAAGGCACCAGGAAAUGUGGCAGUGGUGAUAUGAUACCUAUGGAUGAGCUGGGCCCAGAUGGUUACUCUACCAUUGACCAAAGGGACAAAGACUGCAAAUACAAGACCGGCGACGGUUCGGUGGACCUGACAGAACGGGAACCAUUAAAGAUGUUCACAUUCAGCAUAGCCAGACAUUCAGAUAAUGAGCGCAGCGUACGUAAUGACACAAAUAGGAAACACUAUAUCAGGAGUAACAGGCCUGCAGUCAGUCUGGUGGACGCUUGUGAUGUUAAGCCCCAGCCUGUUGACUCCUGGGUCUAAAUGCAUGCAUGGCUUAAAAUAGCAACUGUGUGACGCUAGAAGAGGAUCUCCCAUAUCACCACUGCCAUUUCACAUGGAACUCAUCUUUGGAGUUGGACUUUGUACAGAAAAAGGGGAUUUCACAAAAAAAUAACGAUCACAACAGCAACUACCCAGCAGCAGCCAGCAUUCAGUCAUGCUUUUCAGAGAAAAUUUAAAAAAGAAAAAGAGACUACUCCUACUACUUUGUCAUAUCAACAUUCCCACUGGACAUCAUGUGAAUUUUACAGUUCUGACUCUUGUUGAGCGCAACCAGUGACAAAAAACAGGCCGAGACCGAUGCCGGCGGAACGAUGGAUAUGUGAAGGGGAAAGUGAAGUAAGCAAAGAAAGGAGAAAUGGGAUGUGUGUUGGAGAGAAACCUGAUGGAGGAAUAAAAUGUUCUUUUAUUUUAGCCUGCAUCAAAUUUUGUAGGUUGUGGAGAGUAUCAGAGUCUGGUAUUUUGAUGUGAUGGGUUGGAACAGAUGUGUUUGAAGGUCACCGAAUGUUCGUUUGAUGGGAUGGAAAAGGAAAGAAAGCGAGCCUAAGAAGAACUGUAGCAUAGUGGCAAAACGUGUACUCCCAGCAGGGACCCACCAUGAACUUAAAAUCCAUUUGGGUUCACUGUGUUUUUUGAAGAAAAAAAAAGUUAUAUAAAGUUAUUUCAAAGCCUUGCUUUGAUAUCAAAUGUGUCAAACUGGUGAUUGAUGUCCAUUUUUAUAAAGUCUGAGGAGUCUGCAAGUUCUAGUCUGGAGGAAGGCAAGUGACAUAGUGAGUACACGGGAUGAUGUUUCUGUUUGCACUGCAUCACAAAAGUAAGAGAAAAUGGAAACAAAAGCAACAAAGACUUCCUGUUUAACUGUGGUCGACACAAAUGAGCCAGGCGGCGUGUCGACUUUUCUUCACAGAGCCGUGAUUACGUGUGUAACCACCAGGUUUGCGUAGUGAUGCAGUUUCAUGGUUUCCCAGCUGGUUGCUGUAUGUCAAUGAUGUGUAUUAAAGAGGAUAUAAGAGUUUUUGUUUAUAAAUGAUUUGUGCUUUUGAAAAGACAGGCACAAGUUCUUUUUUGUUGGAAAGAUGGAUCCAAAAAGGAUUUGGUUUUUUUUUGUUGUUGUUGGGUUUUAUAUAAAUGUAUAUUAGGCUCAAAAGGAACAAAAAAAAAAAAGAAAAAUGAAGGAGAAAAUGACAUUUACUGACUUCUUAGUUGUAUAUUAAUAUCACAUUGUUUGGAAAGCACAUCUCAUUUGAUAGAAGUUCAUCAUGUUUGUAAGCAAGAAAUAACCACGUAACUUAAAUGUGUGUCAGUUAUCGUUACACAGCCGAUCACCUAUUUAUAUUUUGUGUUUAAAAAAAAAAAAAUGUUACAGGAAAAACAAAAUUUAUCUGCAGUUUUCUUUAUGAAGGCGAUGCAUCUGUGUUUGACUUCAUCUCUCUGGAGAGGUCAGAGGUCACACAGCUUGAUAAGAGGUGGCAGUGUUAAUGAAAGUCUCGUUUCUUUCCCCAAGCAAGUACCAUCGACUCUCCAACACCAGUACAUCUUAAAGAGAAAUAUUCAGUCGUGAGCAUGAAGAAAAAUCUGUACAGAUGUUUAUAUUCUAUUCUUUCCAAGUGCCAGGUUUUGUUUUGUUUUUUUAAUUUUGUCGUCUUUUUAUUUGUGUGUGACGUCAUUCGGAUAUUAACUAAGUCCUUUGUGUGCAGGAAGAGUGUGCAGGUGGAUGAUUAGGUGGGGUUAGAGGCAAAACAACAACAAAAGAAGGUUGCAUCCCUCUGUACAAAUUCAAACAUCAAGUUUGACCAUAUAGUAUAUAUUUUUACAGCGUUACAGGGUGGGCAGCUGAGAUGCAAGAAAAGGGCCGUGGAAGAGAAUCCAAUCUGAGGUUGUAUCACUCGUGCGUCAUCAAGGCGAAUGGCAUGUGCCUGCGUUCAAGUCUGACUUUUCUUUGUGACGUAUGUGACUCUAUGAAGCUUGCAUAUUUUACACAGUGUUUAUAAAGAUGUACGUUGUGGUAAAAAUCAAUGAACUACAAAACAAACAACUUAUUGUAUAAAUUUUAUUUUCACAAGUUAAAGAAGAAAACACGAUAAUACCCAGCAUCCCUUUCGUGUGUGUGUGUCCUCAGACGUGUGUGCUGUCAUUAGACCCACAUGACUGUCUGUUCCUAACUGCACUACGCAGUACCACAACCAAAGGAUCUGGAGUUGUAUUUACACACAUUUUAAAAAAAAAAACAAAAAAAAACAGGGGGUUUAGGUUUUGUGGAUGUGCUGCCCUUAUGUACAUUUACAAAAUAAACAUGGACACACACACACACACACACACACACAUUAAAUCAAACAGGCCUACCUGUGUAGAUAUAUCUGAAUCAAGACCGUCAAAAUAAAGUAACUGUACUACUCAGUAGCAGAUGUGUUUGUACCUAUCAUGUGCCUUAACCUUUUCCAUGGUAGAUAAAGAUAAGUGUUUUAUAUAAACUCUAUUCCUCCCCUUCAGCUGUCAUCUCUCCAUUCCCUAUGUUCACCUUCUCCUCCCCCCCUGUCAGCCCCUCUUCUCAUUUUUCCCUCGACUCCACCCAUCACUUCAUGGAUCCUGCAUCAUCACCACCACCACACCCAGCCCGACCCUCAACCACUCCCAGCCCCUGAGUAGUUUAGACUGUUGGUGGCUUCCUGCCCUCUAUUACAUUGUAUUAUAAACUUUUAAAAAGAUAGACUCGUUGGAAGAAUUGGUUGGAUUUCCUAGAGGAGUACAGUUGUUAAUGCUUUCGUAGCGAGCAGAGGCGAUGCCACAGUGACAGAAUGUAUGUUAAUUUUACUAAUACCCAGAGGCAAUUAUUACGCUUGUUAAACAUAACGGAAAAAUACUGGUUUGUAGAAUAUAAAUUUGGUGUGUUUUCAAUAAAUCAUGCCUGGAAAGAA